AUCUCAUCGAGAGAAGACACGAUAGAAUUGAACGAUUGGCAUACAUAGGAUUCCAAGACCGGCAAGUGGGAACGAACUUGACAUCUGAACAUAACGAUAAACCCCGCUCUUGUCCCCAACUUCCAUCUUGCGAAUAGCAAGGAAGACCUUUGGAUAACUAUUCCCCUUCUACGUCGCGAAGACACACAUGGACGCGGCACAAGCGAUUUUCGAAAACCCAUCCCAAGUUUCAGCCAUUCCCAUCCUCGCUGGCUCGUUUCGUUCACUCUCCCUCUUCCUUCUCGCCUUCACCUAUGCGCCCAACAAUGGGUCCAGCAUCUCCUUCAUCCACCAAAGCGACACCGCAUUCGGUCCCCACCAAUAUAUCGCGCUAAACGCGCGUCGCGAUCGCGCAUACACAACCAGCUGGGGCUCCCCACCCAUCCUCUCCAGCUGGGAGAUCGCGCGCGAGCAGCAGAUCGAGCACUGGCGCGUCUCGCACAUCAACAACGCACCGAUUACAGCGACGUCUUCGUAUAUCGCCCUCACGCCGCCAAGCAACGGGCAGCACAUCUACUCGAUGGGCGGGCCGACGGGGGAGGUGCAUACAGUGGACCCCGAGACGGGCGGCUUUGGGCAGAAGGUGCAGGAAGUCUUGUUCGUUGAAGAGGGGGAGCUGGAGAAAGCGGAUAAGACACGGAAAGCUUUGCGCGAAGGCUCGCACGGCAUCGAAUUCUUGCUCAGCAGUACACCCCGACUUGCAUUCGUGCCUGUCCUUGGGACGGACGCAAAGCCAGGGACAAUAGAAGUCUAUACCCACGAUCCCGCCACCGGCCUAUUGUCUUACCUGCAUUCCACCCCUCCCCCACCAGUCAGCAAGGAUAACGACGGACCCCGACACGUCAAGCUCCACCCUAAUGGCAGGGUAUUGUACUGCGUGACCGAACACACCAACCGUAUCGACGUUUACACCAUCGAUUCUACUUCGAAGACACCCCUGACGUACGCAACCUCCCAUGCGCUGAUGCCCCCUCCGCCCCCACGGACCCACUACCGGGGCUCGACCCUCCAGCUCGCACCUUCCACCUCCCAUUACCCCGCCCCGCGCGCAAUUCUCACUAGCACGCGCGGCGGGUCCGAGGGAACGAACGGCUGGAUUGGGAUACAUCCCCUCGACGCAGCUGGAGACUUCACCGGCACUCCACGCUACCACGAGCUAUCCACCUCCGGUGGCAAGUCCCUCGCGCUUGCAGUGAUGUCAAAGCCGGGGGACGAGACCCGGUCAUGGGUGCUCGUAAGCGACGACGCGGAGGGCGCGGGCGGCGUACGCGUAAUCGAGUGGAACCACGAAACAGACGAGCUGGAGGAGCUUGCUAUGUGGGGCGGGGAUGCGGACGUGGACAUGCAGGGCUCGAGCUUUUCGCUCUGGUUGGAUUGAUCGAGAGCUGGAACAACGACCGGUCUGGACGACAGUGAUCAUGACAACUCAGCGCGUUAUGAUAGGCAUACGAAGCUCUUCACCCUCCGACGCGCGCGUACCCCCACACAAACCUCACUCCCGAAGCCCUUCCUUUCGAACCCGCCACCAACGCUCGCGCCGGACCAUCCUCGUCAGGUGGGAAGCGGUCCGACCACUCGCGCGUGGGGAUGCGGGGCGUCGGCCACGGGCGC